AUGAGACUGGGCACAUCCACAUACUUGCAGGUGGCCCUGCUCACCUCGGCCGCCGCGGAAGUGCAAUUCGGCGAGUACAUCCUGGCACCGUCUACCAGGACGCUGAGCCCCGUGUCUGUACGCCAGACCGGAGGCGAUGUGCAAGCAGCUGAAGCCCUGGUCGACCCGUCAAGCCAGUCUUCGACCACGCUCAAUGGACCAGACUCAUAUGUGACGCUGGACUUUGGCAAGAACAUUGCCGGCUCGGUCGCCUUUAGUAUCGACUCACUUGAAGGUGAUGAUGAGUACAUUGGUAUCACCUUUACGGAGAGCUCGGAAUGGAUCAGCGCAGAGACCUGCGAUGCCACGCAGGAUGAGGGUGUUGAUCUGCCACUCUGGUUCAACCUCACUGGGACAGGUCUCUAUGAGGCGGACAAGGCCCACCAACGUGGCGGUUUCCGUUACCUCACAGUCGUCCACAAUGCUACCGGCACAAUCAGCAUUUCCAAUCUCACCGUAUACUGGACAGCGUCUCCUGAAAUGUCGGAUCCGGCAGCAUAUACUGGCUACUUCCACAGCAGUGAUGAGAAACUGAACCGUGUGUGGUAUGCUGGCGCUUACACAAACCAGCUGUGCUCGAUUGACCCGAGCACGGGUAACUCGCUCGGCCUGCCUCUUGAAGGAUGGGAGUACAAUUACACCAUUGCUAACGGCACAUCGGUACUUGUCGAUGGCGCCAAGAGAGACAGGCUUGUCUGGCCUGGCGAUAUCGCCAUCUCUGGUCCAUCAAUUUUUGUUUCGACAAACAGCCUGGAUACCAUCCGCAACGGCAUUGACUCGCUCAUGGUGAUGCAACAAGCUGACGGCCGCCUUCCAUAUGCGGGCAAGCCGUUCAGCGAGUUUGUUGGCAACAAGACAGGAAGCCCUGAUCUGUUCUUGUGGAGUUUCACCUAUCACUGCCAUACGCUGAAUGACUUGUACGAUUAUUAUCUGUUCACCAGCGAUCUCGAUUACCUAGUUUCAUAUUGGGAUCAGUACAAACUAGGUGUCAAUUACUUGCUCCAGUUCAUCGACUCUACAGGACUGGCCAACGUGACUUCUUCUGCCGAUUGGUUACGAAAAGGCAUGGGUGGCCACAACAUCGAGGCCAACUCAAUCCUAUACUUUACGCUCGAGAAGGCUGUGGCGUUGGCGGGUGUUGUAAAUGACACAAGCGACGUGGCCAACUGGACAACAUCAGCAGCCGGCAUCCCGAGCGCCGCAAACGCUCUCCUAUGGGAUGACGAGACAUCACUGUAUUGGGAUAAUGAUACGCAAAAGGUGCUACACCCGCAAGACGGCAACGCCUGGGCGGUGCUCUCGGGGGUGGCAAACGGCACGCGCGCAUCAGCCAUUAGCGACGCGCUGGCCGGGCGGUGGAUCCGGCCGUACGGAGCUCCGGCGCCCGAGGGCGGCAUCACCAUCUCGCCGUUCGUGACGGGCUUUGAGGUGCAGGCGCACUACAAGGUCGGGCGGGCCGACCGGGCGGUCGACCUGGUGGGCUUCAUGUGGGCCGACUACAUGCUUGACGACCCGCGCACCACCAACUCGACUUUCAUCGAGGGCUACUCGUCUGACGGCAGCCUGGCGUACCCGGCCUAUCCAGACGGCGAUGCUCGCGUCAGCCAUGCCCACGGCUGGUCCACGAGUCCAACCUCGAGUCUCUCCUUCCUUGGCGCCGGUAUCCAGCUCGCCACUGCAGCAGGUCAGACGUGGAAGAUUGCGCCGGCGCUAGGUGGAGUAGAAAGUAUCCAGGCCGGCUACGAGACGCCGCUGGGCGCAUUUGCCGUCGACUGGCGCAACGGCACCUGCGGGUUUGCCGGAUCCUUUGAGACCCCGGAAGGGACCGUGGGAAGCUUUGAGGUGGCCGUCACUCCCGGCUGGACGAAGCUGUUGCUUCAGGGGACCGGCGGCACGACCGAGGUGGACAUUACUGGAGAAUCAGUGGCGGUCCUUAGUGAUAUCGCUGGCGGCAAAUACAGUCUCAGCAUUUCAUAA